CUUCAUAUUUCAACAGAUGCUGUGUGUGGAUUGUGCUUGAAUCUUGCGAACUAAACUUUUCUUCACCGCAUCAAUAAUUCAUAUACAGUCUUGAAACUUCAAUGCUUGGGGAAGCAGCUGAAUCGAUUUCAAAGCCACAAUGUCAAUCAUAUGUGGCCUCCCUCUUCUUGAAUGUGUUUACUGUAUAGCUUGUGCUCGAUGGGCUUGGAAGCGAUGCCUUCAUACUGCAGGUCAUGACAGUGAGACUUGGGGUGUUGCCACAGCCGAAGAAUUCGAACCCGUCCCUAGGCUUUGCCGGUAUAUACUGGCAGUGUAUGAGGAUGAUCUUAAAUGCCCUCUUUGGGAGCCUCUAGGUGGAUAUGGAAUUGAUCCAAAUUGCUUGAUUUUGAAGAGAACGUAUGAGGACACUCAUGGGCGGGCGCCACCAUAUUUGUUAUAUCUAGAUCAUGCUCAUGCUGAUAUAGUUCUUGCCAUUAGAGGACUUAAUUUGGCAAGCCACAAAGAUUAUGCAGUUUUGCUGGAUAAUAAGUUGGGAAGAAGGAAAUUUGAUGGUGGGUAUGUUCAUAAUGGGUUGUUAAAAGCAGCUGGAGUUGUACUAGAUGCAGAAAGUAACACUUUGAAGGACUUGUUAGAGAGGUACCCGAGUUAUACUUUGACUCUUACGGGUCACUCGCUUGGGUCAGGUGUGGCGGCCUUGUUGGCGAUGGUGGUGGUGAAAAACCGAGAUAAGUUGGGGAAUAUUGACCGGAAGAGGGUCCGAUGCUAUUCCAUCGCACCUGCCAGAUGCAUGUCACUGAAUUUGGCAGUCAGAUAUGCAGACAUUAUCAGUUCUGUUGUGCUCCAGGAUGAUUUCUUGCCCCGGACGGCCACGCCAUUGGAAGACAUCUUUAAAUCUGUUUUCUGUUUGCCAUGCUUGUUAUGCUUGAGAUGCAUAAGAGACACAUGCACAUCGGAGGAGAGUAAAAUCAAAGAUCCAAGAAGGCUUUAUGCACCUGGUCGCCUCUAUCACAUUGUUGAGAGAAAGCCUUUCAGAUGUGGUAGGUUUCCACCAGUUGUAAAAACUGCAGUGCCAGUUGAUGGAAGAUUUGAGCACAUUGUUCUUUCUUGCAAUGCUACUUCUGAUCAUGCCAUCAUUUGGAUAGAGAGGGAAGCCAAAAGGGCUUUGAAUAUGAUGCUAGAGAAAGAUCCGAUUAUGGAGAUACCUGCAAAACAAAAGAUGGAGAGACAACAAACUUUGGCAAGAGAACACAGUGAGGAAUACAAGGCAGCAUUACAGAGGGCGGUUAAAUUGGCGGUGCCCCACGCCAUUUUACCUUCGGAAUAUGGCACCUUUCAGGAGGUUGAGGAAGGGGAGUAUUCGGGCACAAAACAGAGGCCCGGAGAAAGUUGGGAUAUAUUAAUUGAGCGUUUAUUCGAUCAGGAUGAGUCCGGCCACAUGGUGCUGAAAAAAUCACAUUCUGUUGUAUAAUUAUGUAAUAGAUACAAAAGGAAAGAUCUGUAUACGUCUUAUCCUUUCAGUUUUUACUGGAUUUAUUGAGUUUGUUUGGUUUAGUUUACGGCGAUAAUGAGGCAUGUGUGAUUUUGGUGUAUAUCUUACACGAUUUUAUUAAAU